AUGGGGGAGGGGCUGCAAGAUGUAUUUAUAGAUGUGCCCAAGUUGGGUUGUGGGGUGAAGAGGGGGUUGGGAUCGGUUUCGGAGUCGAUCCCGGGAUCGUCGGGAUCGGUUGGGAUCGUGCAGCGGUUAGAAGUAUCAGACGACUCAAACCCGAGCAGCAGCAGCAGCCCCAGCAGCCCAGCCAGCAACAGCAGCAGCAACAGCAGCAGCAGCAGCAGCAGCAGCAGCAGCAGCAGCAGCAUAGGCAUUCCUUCUGCAAUUGAAGACUGGUAUGGAGGAGACAUGCAUGCACUGUCUCUUUCUGACUUGUCGUGGCAUAGGGUUCGCAUUCGGGGACAGUUGCCGUCUCCUCGCAUGGGUCACACUUUCGCUCCCUUUGGAGACUGUCUCCUUCUCUUUGGAGGCUGGCCCCACAGCUGCAGCAGCAGCAGCAGCAGCAGCGGGGGCAGUAGCAGCAGCAGCAGCAGCGCUUUGCAGGAAGGCGCGGCAAAAUCUGCAGCAGCAGCAGCAGCAAAACACAGCAAUGCUGAAUCCACAUCAGCAGCAGCAGCAGCCGAAGCAACAGCUCCCGAAGCAGUAGCAGCAGCAGCAGGAGCAGGAGUAGGAGACGGGGUUAAAGAAGUGCCGUUUCAUUUGUCUGCUGCUCUUUGCAGCAGCACAAGCCAAUGGAGACCCCUGGUAUAUAAGGGGCCUCCGCUGUCUCCUCGCUAUGGGCACUCCUGCACGGAGACACCCGAAGGUCUGCUGCUGCUGGGGGGCUGGACCAGCCCCGCACCUCUUAUGGAGGUACUACUUGUUACUCCUGUUGCUGCUGCUGCUCCUGCUGCUGCUGCUGCUGCUGCUCCUGCUCCUGCUGCUGCUGCUGCACCUGCUGAUGCUGCUAAAGGGCCCAGCCUGUAG